AUGAGGUUCUCCCAGGUCUUGACCAUUGCCUACUUGGCCGCCGGCAGCGCUGCCGAUGAGCAGCAGCCCAGCCAGGCCGUCAACGCUGCUGCUGAGUCGUGGAUAUGGAAACCUGUCAGCAAGCCGCAUGAACCUAGCAAGCCGCCGGAAUCUACCAGGCCGCAUGAGACUACCAGGCCACAUGAGUCCAGUAGGCCACAUGUGUCUACCAGGCCGCAUGAGUCUAGCAAGAAGCGCGAGUCUACCAAACCGCAUGAGUCCAGCAGGCCACAUGUGUCUACCAGGCCGCAUGAGUCUAGCAAGAGGCGUGAGUCUACCAGGCCACAUGAGUCCAGCAGGCCGCAUGUGUCUACCAGGACGCAUGAGUCUAGCAAGAGGCGUGAGUCUACCAAGACGCAUGAAACUAGCAAGCCGCAUCGUACCAGCAAGACCACGGAGCACGAGACCACGACGGAGCACAAGACCACGGAGACGGAGCACAAGACUAAGACAAAGCACGAAACCAGGACCAAGGAGCAUAAGACUACGGAGACGGAGCAUAAGACUAAGACAGAGCGCGAGACUAAGACCAAGGAGCACAAGGCCACGGAGACCGAGACGGAGCGCAAGACCAGGACGGAACGUAAGACUAAGACGGAGCGCGAGACCGAGACGGAACGCAGGAUCAGGACGGAGCGAGAGACCGAGACGGAACGCCAGACCAAGACAGAGCGUGAAACCAAGACUAGGGAGCAUAAGGCCACAGAGACCGAGACAGAGCGUAAAACUAAGACAGAGCGCGAGACCAGGACCAAGGAGCAUCAGGCCACAGAGACCGAGACGAAACACAAGACUAGGGAACAUAAGGCCACAGAGACCGAAACAGAGCACGAGACCAGGACAAAGGAGCAUAAAACCAUAGAGACGGAGCGUAGGACCCAUACCAAGGAGCACAAGACCAGGGAACAUACCAAAGUCAUUCCCACGGCUUUCACAACUUUCUGCCCGGAACCCACUACCAUCACCAUUAAUAGAGAGAAGUUCACCGUCGUUACUCCUACCACUCUCACCAUCACCAACUGCCCUUGCACCGUUACCGAAGCUGUAACCACUGGCAUCGAAACCGAAGCUCCCCCCCCUCCGAUCUCCACUGCCGCCGCCGACAAGGCCAACGCUGGUAUUGGAGCUCUCGUUGCUGCCGGUUUCGCCGCCAUGUUGCUCUAA